CUCACAAGAAGCAAAGAAAGAGAAAGAGCACAAUCAAUUCUCCAUUUUGGCUCUUAUCUCAUAGUUUGACUAAGCCACUACUAUCCAACUCUUCCAACAAGACCAAUCAAAUGUUCUUCAUCGUCUUCGUCCUCUUCCUCGCAGUAGCCUGGGGCAUCCUCGGCAUAUUCCUCGCAAAAUGGCUCAAGCAAGCAGGCUACGCGCGCCCAUUCCGAGGCCGAGAAUUUACAGAUACCGAGUUAUACGGGUCCGGGGUAGGAGUAGGUAGUCAAAAAGGGAUACCAAACUUCGGUCAAGGUCGCGUAAAAGGUGUUUAG